UGAGCAAUUAUCAAUCGAAAUCAAUAUUCAGGCGCUAAAGCCAACUAGAAAUUUAAAGUUAGCAAUUCAAACAGCACUAGAAUCAAAUACACCAAUUGAAAAUUUAAAACUUGUGCUUCAAGAGUUUGGAAAUUUUUUUCCCACAAAAAUCAUACUUGAAAACCUUCUUGUAAAUUGGAAAGAAAAUAUUCAACAAUUUGAUUCCUCGUAUAUGAUUGAAAUGGGCGGUGAUCCUAUCGAUUUAAGUCAAAUUCCUGAAUGGCUUGAAAAUAUUUCUAAUCAACACUCUGAAUGGCAUAUUAUAAAACGCGUUGUCAUACCAUUAUACAAAAUUCUUGAUAAAAACCAACAACGGGAUAUUGAAAAUCUUUUAAUAAAUAAAGAUUACGUGUUAAUGAAAGAAAAUACCCCAUUUUUCAACUAUAGCACUGGAUAUCAACGAAUUUUGUUUGAUAGUCAAUUGAAGAGUAAUAAUUACCAAUUAUUUGGAAUUGUAACUUGCAAUGGUGAAAAAUUGGAAAAUGUCUACGUGAGAUUCAGUUUGAAAACAGUUUAUGGAUUUUCAGUGAGUUGGCAUGAUUUUCGACAAGAUUACAUCCCAGUGAAUGAUAGCGAUAGGAUAACUUUUGACAGUUCACAAACAUAUAUACUUCAGUGGAUUAUAAUCGGUUGCCCAAGUGAAAUAGGAUAUUUCGACCCAACAACUCGUAACAUAUCGGUCAAAUCUGGUGUUAAAGAAUUAAAACUAAAGCAUGAUAUGACAACUCAAUCGACACCGAUUGAAGUUGGGAAAUCACUAUUUCAAAAAAACAUUGUUAUACUUGAUGUUGAAUAUACUCCGUUACCAACAUAUCUGUUUUUCAAAACAAAAAUUGGAGAAUGGAAGGAAGACGGAUCGUUUGAAAUACAAAUACAAGAAGAAAAUAGUAAACCUAUCGCUAUGGAUGAUGACUACAUUGCUAAAAUUCGUUGGUGUGUUUUGAAAAUUGAUGAUCCUCAAAAACGAACGUGGGAACAUUUAGGCGAGCUUUUAUUGAAUUAA